GACCUUUCAGAAUCUCAGAAGACGUGCAAAGAUUUGGAAGGAAGGCUGAAACAGCAGAAGUCACUUGCUUCAGCUGCAAAUUGUAGUCGGGUUGGUGGAAUGUGCCUGAAAUGUGCACAACACGAGGCAGUUCUUGCACAGACUCAUUGUAAUGUUCAUGUGCAGACCAUCGAAAGGCUAACAAAGGAAAGAGAUGACUUGAUGGAUGCACUUGUUUCACUGCGACAAAACAUGAAAGAGAUGCAGCAAAGAGAAUCUGAUGCUUGUAAGCAAGUUGAACAUGCUGUGCAAAUGGCAGAAGAGGCCAAUUUGGAAAAAAUAAAGGCUCUAGUCCACUGUGAGCAGCUGAAAAGUGAGGUGGAACGGCAGAAGAAUUGUCUUGAAAGGGAGUUGGCUGCCCAGCUAAAUGAGAGGGCUAAUGAAAAAGAAGCAGUGCGGGAAGAAAUGAAGAAAGAAAGGGAGGACUUGGCAGCAAUGGUGACAGCCUUGUCUGAGAAUGUGGCCAUUUUGGAGGCUCAAAUAAAGAAAACUACAAGUGAAAAGAACUCUCUAGUUAACCAGUUAGAACAAUCACAGGAUCAACUUGCAUCUCAUGAAAUGGAGAUGAAUAAGGUGUGUGGAGAAAUGCGCUAUCAGUUGAAUCAAACCAAAAUGAAGAAGGAUGAGGCAGAAAAGGAGCUCAGAGAGUACAGAACAAAAACUAUAAGGGAGCUUGAAAUUAAGGACCAGAAAAUAGAAAAACUGGGAUUAGAGCUGAAUGGAAGCAAACAGCGUUUGGAACAAGCCCAGCAGGAUGUGACAGGAGCCAGAGAGGAGUGUCUAAAACUGGCAGAACUGCUGAGUAAAUCUGAACACCAACUGCACCUCACCAGAUUGGAGAAAGAGAGCAUUCAGCACAGCAUUAGCAACGAAGCAAAGGCCCGAGCCCUUCAGGCCCAGCAAAGAGAGCAGGAGCUGACACAGAAGAUGCAGCAAAUGGAGGCCCAGCAUGAGAAAACUGUAGAAGAACUGGAUUCAUUGCUGACUUCCCAGAAUACAUUCAUAGCAAAAUUGAAGGAAGAAUGUUGUAUGUUGGCAAGGAAGUUGGAACAAAUGUCAGAAAAAUACAGAUCUGAAGUCAACCAGCUUAGUCAGGAAAAAGAGUAUCUUCAUGGCAGAUUGGAGAAGAUGCAGAAACGGAAUGAUGAAUUGGACCAACAAUGUAUCCAGCAUGGGAGAAUGCAUGAGAGGAUGAAGUCAAGGUUACAGCAGCUUGACAAGCACUGUCAGGCCACUGCCCAGCAGUUAGUGGAGUUGCUCAACAAACAGAAUCAACUCUUCAAAGAGAAGCAGCUGCUUACAGAAGAGGUGCAGUUUCUGCGAAAACAGGAAAAAAAAUGGGAUGCAGAUCUCAAACAGGACACAGAUGGAAUCAAGUAAAAACCUGGAUGGAUGAAAAGAAAUGAGCAGAAAUGUCUCUUUCACAGCGAGCCUGUCUGUGACCAGACCACUUUUCUUCUAAAAGGAAGUUAAAAUACACUCACCCGUGCCUGUGUUCCCAUCCUCACCCCAGUCACUCAGCAGGAGGUACUGUCAGAAUUACAGAUGUUCUGGGGCAGUGGUUUUCUUUGCUUUUUUAUGUCAGCAGGAAUUUUCAAUGAGGUCCCAAGUGCCCCAUUUGCUUGGUUUUUUCAUUGUAUGUUACAGAAGGGGAGCCUUGUGUCCGGCAAAUAGGUAGCUCAUCCAUCGCUGAUGUCAAAAGUGAUUCAGGCUGAUCCUUACAUGGCCCUCAACUGUUCUUCAGGAGACCUAAAGGCUGCUUAGGUUACUGGGGAAAGAGCUUUUGUUUUUAGUGUAGUCUUAAUGCACAAAGAUAGCACCUCUCUUGGGAGUUCGUAACAGGCAGUGACAUUCCACGGGCAGGGGUUGGUGGUGGUGGUUGUUGUGUGUUUUUUAAGGAGAUGAAAAUCUUCACCUCUGCUUGGAUGGAGUUUUAGUCAGAGGUGAUGCAAGUUAAACUACGAUAGGAGGGAACAAAGAUAGACCUCUGCUUGAUGUCUGAGUGGCCUGACAUGACACUUCAGGAAUUCAGCUCUUCAGCGUUUGGGAAUCUGCAGCUGUGGGAGGUCUGGUGUCUGGCUGCUGGGCUGCAGGAGCUAAGCCUGGCCCUCCUGAGAGCUCCACUCUGGGUUUUACAGCCAAAGGAGGAUUGAGGAACUGAAGCCACCUCAGUGCUUUCUAACCAAACAGGAAGCUAGUGGCUCCUCUCCCCUCAAAGUGUAGCUAACAGCAAUAAAUUAAACGAUGUCUGUGGUUCCACUCCUACAGACCCUUCCAACUUGUACACCUAAGAAUACCCAACGACUCAGUUACAACAGAUGCCACUGAGGUGAGAAGGUAAUGUCCA